AUGGGCCGCUCACACCAAACAAAAAAGCUGCCGCUGCCGUCUUGGUAUUACCGAGUCAGCCACCUGAGCGAUACUUGCGGUGUGGGUGUCUGCUCUGAAUUCUUCGACGAAGAUAUUUCCGACCUAGAAAGCGACAAGGGCGAAUCUACCGUUGAAGGAGUGCCGGCGGCCAAGCGUGAUUGCGGCUGCGCGGGCAAGGACUGCGAGCAUCACGUUGACGUUGAUGGCAAGCAAGAUAUCAUUGGUUCCGAUGACAAUUCAUCAGAAAGGUCAUAUGACGGCUCUGACGCGGAUGACUACUACGAACUCAGAGACCUUCGGGAGGAGCGAAAACGAGAGCUACGGGUGAUCGCCAAAGAAAGAGAGAGCCUAAGAGACUAUGAAAGCGACAAAGUACAAGAGGUUCGAGCCGCAUACAAAUCUCUCAAAAAGGCCGAGAGGGAAAGCGAGACGCUCUCCAUGGGAUUCCUUGCUUCGAAGACUUUCCGACUCUACUCGUCCGACUAUGUCCAACAUCGUUGGUCGAGACUCUGGCCAUCAAAAUACGUUGAAUUCUUAUCUCUAGCUAGCGUUAGCGGGAAAAGGCGGCGGAGCACAUCAGAGAGCGACAGACGCCUUGUCGUAGGUCACAUGUACCUGGAUUGGGCAACAGAUAUCGCUUUCCAGCCUUUUCCCUCACCCACUCGCCCUAGCCGACGAAAUCAUGUCCUACAGACCUUGGAUGAGAGAGAUGAUAUUAUAUUCAAGUUCGUCAGUGAUGAUCACCUCAUCAUUCGCGUCAGCCGCGAUCUGGUGUUCAAGGGUUGUCAGGUUUCUAUACCAGAAUCAGCUCCGGAGAUCUUUGAGUUUGUGGGCAUUCUUUUUAAUGAGGAGAAGGAAAAGGAGGAAAGGCUCAAGUGGUGGAAGGAAGAAGAGGAACGAAAGAUCGAGCGGCAGAGGAAGAAUACGAGUGUUUCGUCUUGA